AUGUUGCAUCUUGCUGCAGUACAGAUUCGGCCUUAUGACCUUGCUGAGGGAGAUCGUAGCACCGAUCGACCGAAUUGUCGCCUGAGUCCAGUCCACGUCCCGGAGUCCGCUCAGCGUGAUUACUGCUCCGAGACCGGAGGAGGGCUUGCGCUGAAAGCAAGCCUGUCGACUACAUCGAACAUUAACAUACCAGUAGGUUGUUCUGCGGACGUGAUAACAGCGUAA